UACUACAUAAGUUGGGACGUAAAUUUCCAGCUUAAGUCUAAAUCAAGCUUUAAGUCGAGAUUUACGAUAGAUGUAUACUUUUUAGAGCUACGGUCAGAAGUUAAGUCAUUCGAGAGAAAGUGAUGCAAAUAAACAAAAAACAACCAACCAACAAAAAGAUACAAAAAAACUUGUCAAAAAUUAGCAAACAGCUACUUCCGGCUAACUUUUAGCUACGAUUGUUUUGUUUUUGUUUUUUAACAGACGUCUCUGAGGACUUAGGUCUAUACUUCCAGAAGGGGGUGCUAAAGAAACAAUAAUUGAUAGCAACCACCUAAAGGACAAAGUAGAAGAAGACAGGUACAGUAUUUUCAUCCUGACCUGUAACUCUUGUGUUUCUGUAGUUUAGAUGCUAAUGAUGCCGUUGGGCAAAAGGUAUUUCUAUGUUUAAUAAGGAGCACACUGGCUGUGCUCACUUUCGUCCUGUGAAAUGCUGAGCGUGGAGUCGCUGCCAGUGGCUGAGGAGGAGGUGGUUGAAUCCAGCUCCAACAAACUCGGAGAUAUUUACACGUUUGUGGCUAAAGGCAGUUUUCCUCAGACGAUGAAUCCGAUACGAAAGAAGAACCUCAAGAGAUACGCUCAGAAAUUCAUCAUCGACGAGGGCAAGCUGUACUAUGUGGGGCCCAAGAAAGAAGAGAAGAGGGAGGUGGUGAUUGAGUCUGAGAGGAAGAGGCAGAUCUUUCUCGAAUGCCACUUCAGCGAUAUUGGCCAUCACCUGGGCCAGAAGAAGACCGUCCACAGGAUCCAGAGCAAGUACUACUGGCUGGGAAUUAUCAAGGACGUCGUAGACUGGAUAAAAGUCUGUGAAACGUGUCAGCACACAGAGAGAAAUAAGAACCAGUCGAGAACUAUUCGGCCAAUAAAAGUGGAUGCACCUUGGGAAAUUGUCGGGAUUGACACGAUAGGGGCCUUGCCAGAGACCCAGAGAGGCAACAAGAAUGUCACGGUGGUGAUUGAUUACUUCACUAAAUGGCCAGAGGCUUUCCCAGUGCAAAAGACAGACGUUGCCUCGGUUGCAAGAUGCAUCUCUAAAUGCAUAUACAGGUUCGGUGCCCCUAAAAUGAUAGUUUGUACACAGAAUGCUGACUUCUGUGAUAAGGUGACAAAGGUGCUGUGUGAAAGGUGGAGCAUCACACAGAAGGUCUCUCCUGUGGAUCAACCUCAGCUCAACCCACUCCACGACUGCACAAGCCCUCUGUUGAAAGAAGCCAUACUGCAGAUGGUGUCGGAGAAGCAGGCAGAAUGGGAUGAUUUUCUCGACCCUGUGCUGUUUCUGUUCAGGACAUCCACCAACCCCACAACAAAGUUCACUCCUUACUCUCUCAUGUUUAACAGGACAGCCAGUUUGCCAAAUGAGAACGCAGCGAGUCGGCUGAAUCGUGACGAGCCGGAGCAGGAUGUGUACUCUAUGAAGGAGAAGGCCUCUGCGUACAUGAGUGUCAUUCUGGAGCAGCAGAACUCUGUUAAGCAGCUGCGAUCCCUGAAACCUCUUCAGAAAUGAUCUCAGUGGAACGAUGACUGACAGGAAGCUAUUGUUAAGGAAGGGAAAUGGGGAGAAAAGGCUGAGGAAUGCCAAAUUCCACAAGAACUGGACUGCAGAUAAGUGGCAGCAAGUCUUAUGGAGUGAUAGAUCCAAAUUUAAAAUAUAUAUUGUAUUUUAGUGUGUUUAGAUAAAUUGUUGUAUCUGUUCCCCUGAGCAGUCAGGGCAUUCACAGGAAAAGCUGCAUUCUCACACACACACACACACACACACACACACACACACACACACACACACACACUUUCAUAUCUUAGUGAGGACAUCUAAUUGACUUAAUGCUUUCCCUAGCCACUUACGCUGACCAUAACCACCAAAAACGAAUGCCGAACCAUAACUUAAUUGUAACCCUGACACUAAAACCACAUUUUGAGUCUCGAAAAUGCCUUCAAACUCGUGGGGACAGGCAUUUUGUCCCCAUAAGUGACUGUUGGUCCCCACAGGUAUAGUGGCAUGCCAAUUUUCUGUUCUCACAAAGAUGUGUACAUGUGUACUCACACACACACACAGAGUUCUCUUAUUCUGUUAUAUUAUCUAUCAGAUAUAAAUUCACACCCACACGCUGAGGGUUGUGUCGGGGACAGUUUGCUUAGCAACAGUUCCACAUGUAGACUGGAGGAGACAGACUUUCUGUCCCGCAGCAUUAAAUUUUAUUUCCAAUUCAUCUCAUCCCUAGAAGGAGCAACAAAUGCUAUUUUAGUGUAUUUAUUGUAUAUAGAAGUUCUAGUCUAUCGUGCUAGUAUCGUACCAGCAGUGGUAUCCAUAAUAUCAAUAUUUGGAUUGAUCCGCCCCCAAUAAGUGAUAUAUCUCAAAUCUGCAGUGAGUUUGGCAAUUCUGAUGAAAGCUUGGUAUGGUAUUCAGGACAGCUCGAGCAACCAACCUAAGAGUAUUGAUAACUUGGCACUUACCUCAUGAGCAUGAGGUACUUGAAUCUUUUGUUUACACAACGCACAGUGAGCUUCUUUGGCUACCUGUGUUCUAGGAAACAAAGCACUGAGCUAGAAGAACUCAAGAAAGAAAAAAGCUCCAUAGUUUUUUGGGGUUUUUUACGUUUACUGAGUCACUACAGCUGAUAGCAGUCAAGAUAAAGUUCUACAGAAGUUAAAAAGGUGAUCUCUGGUUAAUGAGUCCCUUUUUUGUCGUUGUUGUUGUUGUUGUUGUUACGUCACUGUAUUUUUAGACAGGACAUGGCAGAAAUUUGAUUGUAACACCUUAAAUUAAAUUGAUCUAUUAGAGAAUCCCAUUAUAACAUCCUCCAUAAUCUCUGUUAUUAGCCUUAAAUUAAGUGACAACAAACGUGCAUGGAAGCUCAUUUGGUUUUUGUCUCUUUUAUACUUUGGUU